GUUCAGAUCGCACCAAUGACCAAUCGAAUGAUGCCAUCCUGCGGUCCGCGCGUUGUGAUAGUAGGUGCGGGAGUCGCCGGAAUCGCUGCCGCCUCCCGUCUAAUCGAGAACGGGUUCGCAAACUGCAUCAUUUUGGAAGCAGAAGAUCGAGUUGGCGGUCGAAUCUGUACGAGACGUCUGGGCGAUGGAGUGGUGGAUUUGGGGGCACAGUACUGUCGUAAGGAUAGCAUCGUGUACCAUUUAGUGAAGGAUUUCGACCUGUUGGAAGUAAGGAACGUCUCCACUCACGUGUACCACUCCCAAAACGGACGUUUGGAAGACAGCUUUGUAAAUAAGUUGCUGGAUAAGGUCUCCGAUUUGUAUCACGGAGGACCGGUGCAGAACGUCGAAUGGAAACAGUACCUCGAGGAACGGUUCGACGAUGAGAUCGUAGACCUUUUUCAUGAUGAGCGCCAACGGUUACUCGCGAGAGACAACAUGGACUUUGUGAAGAAGCAGGUUUUACUCUGUACUGGAUCGAUUUGCCUGAAUGGAGUGUACGGAGCGACCAGUGGAGAGUUCCCCCCUGAUUUCAGAUGCGUAUGGAAAUCGCACGGGUACCAAGCGCUCUUAGAUAUUCUAAUGAAGAAGCACCUCAAAACUAAAAGCGCUCUUCAAUAUGAGCAAAAGGUCAUUUUAAACAGCGAGGUUACAAAAAUUGAGUGGGGAGAAGAAGAUGGGGCAAAAGUAAUUUGUGCUAAUGGUUUGUACUAUUUAGCAGAUUAUGUAAUUGUAACCGUGCCCUUGGGCGCCUUGAAGAGACAACAUAGCACACUUUUUUCACCUGCUCUCCCGAAGACGAAACAAAAGGUCAUUGAGUUAUUGGGAUUUGGCUCCAUACUGAAGGUGUGCUUUCACUUUUCCACAAAAUGGUGGUCCGACAACGACUUCGCUUUCGCAUGGGGCGAGGAAGACUUGAAGACCGCUCUAAUAAAGAGCGAGCACCCUUGGAUGACGAACUGCAUGGGAUUUUACUUGGUUCCUAAUAACCCCAACGUUUUAAUGGCAUGGUUUGUGGGAAACUACAUUUCAACCUUAGAGUCCAUCAGUGAUGACGUUUUGUUGGACGGGGCUCACAUGGUUUUACAAAGAUUCCUUGGAAGAACCUUUCAAAACAUCACGAAACCAAUUAAGCUGGAGCGCAAUCGGUGGUGCACAAACCCCCAUUUUGGUGGAAUGGUUUCUUAUGAAACCUUGCAGAGUAAAAGGCACGGACUGACCGGCGAAACUUUAGCAGAAUCAGUUGAUUCUAAGGUUGGCAUACCUCAACUGCUGUUUGGCGGAGAGGCGACAAUGAAGGUCGGUUAUGGUUCCGUUAACGGUGCCGUUAUGUCCGGUUUUAGAGAGGCAGAUAGAAUUAUAAACUAUUGUAGAGGUAACAAAUGAACACGUUUUACUAAUAAACGGUUUAAAAAAA